AUGUCACAGCGCCUCCUGAACAAAGUCUGCCUCAUCACCGGCACAGGCGGCAGCAUGGGACGAGCAGCAGCCCUGAAGUUCGCGCAAGAAGGCGCCAAGAUCGUGGGCUGCGAUAUCAACACCGAAAGCGAAGCAGCAACGAUCAAAGCCGUGCAAGACCAGGGGGGAGAAAUGAUAUCCAUGUCUCCAUGCGAUCUCACCAAGCGCGAAGACUGCGAGAAACUAGUCAGUCUAGCUAUCCAAACCUACGGACGCAUCGAUGUCCUAUACAACAACGCUUCAAAGGCCUAUCUGGCCUGGAUCGACGACUUCCAAGAUGACACCUGGUACAAGACCAUUGACCAGGAAUUGAGUCUGGUCUACUUGCUCUCGAGAGUUGCCUGGCCACAUCUUAAAGAGUCUGCCGCGUCUAUUAUCAAUGUGGGCUCGGCUAACGGCUGGAUCGCUAUUACUCCGGUGCCGGGCCUGGCGCACACGGCUGCUAAGGGUGGUGUGAUUGCUAUGACUCGCCAGUUGGCUAUGGAAGGGCGAGCUCAUGGAAUCAGGGCGAAUUCGAUCUCGCCGGGUAUUGUCGAGUCUCUUCAGACUAGACCUUUGCUUGAAGACCCUGGUUUCAAAUCGGGUGUGUUGUCGAGGGUUAUGCUUGGUCGGAUUGCUCAGCCUGAGGAGAUUGCAGCUGUGGCUUGCUUCUUGGCUUCCAGUGAGAGCUCUUAUAUCACAGCUGCUGAUAUUCGUGUUGAUGGAGGCAUGACAUCCUGGUAG